GUUCUACUUCCGUAAGCGGCGAAUUGAAACUUGUUAUGUUUGGACUUGUUCAGCGCUUUAGCGGCUAGCGCAAAUUCCUUCUCUUGGUGGUGUAGCGAGAUCGCCAUGAAGGGCAGGGGAGAUAACAAGGUCCGGUACAGACUCAGUCCCAGUGAAGUGGAACAGUUGUCCAAGGAUGAGACUACACGGCGGCGCAAGCUACGACUUGUUCAGGUUCGAGAACAGGCCAAGGUGAAUGCAGCCAGGAUCAGAGAGGAUGUGAGGAAGGAGAAGGCAAAACAGAUGGACAAGUUGACCUGUGAGGUCAAGAAUAACCUUGAAAAAGAAAAACUGGAGAAGCUGCAUCGUCUGGAGCAACAGUACGAAAACUCCCUGAAGAGCAUCGGCACCGCGCACAAGGCGGCCAGGAAUGUUAAGGACUGUGAGCUGGAGAGGGUGGUACAGGGUCAGAUGAGGAAAGAAGCUGCGCACCGCCGCUAUCAGUCCGCACUCAAGAAUCUGCGCAAAGACAGGGCGCUGAAGGACUACGAGGAUAACAAACACAUCAUUGCACGACACGCAGCACUGGAGACAGAGGCGCUGAGGGCAGCCGAGGUUGCCGCUCUACCCCCACCCGAGCCAGACCCCUGGGAGGAAGCACUGCAGUCUAAACCCAAACCUGUGCCGAUGACGGACAUGAAUGCAUUCUCUACGACACACUAUCACAUACCAGAUUAUGCAGUAGUCAAGGCCGGCCCUCUUGAACAGAAGGAUGCUUGUCUUGCUGCGGAAGAGGAGGACUUCAGACUCAAACUUGAGCUGAAGGAAAAACGACACACCGACCAGGACAGGGUGGUCAGGGCUCGUAUCCGUGGAAACGUGGCUCUUCGAAAAGAGCACCUUCGACAUGAGUACAGUAACAUGCUUCAAGACCUGAGCCUUUUACAGCGAGCUGACCGCCGACGGAGACAGGAGGAUGUAGCAGAUCUGCCAAAGCAGGUGUUUCUGCCGCCAGACCGGCGCCAAGAGGAUAAGGAGAACAAACAGAUGAACAUGGAGAAAGCCUUUGAGGACAUGUACUUGGCCGACCAGCAUCCUCCAGUGAUGAUGUCGCUUGACACCCAGACACCUCCCGACACCCCAUCCAGUUCCGAGUCACAUGACCCAUCCCACCCACCAAACAAUGUGUCACUACGGCAACCAUCCAUGGAUGUCACAGCUCUCAAAGAUGUCACCAAUGUUACAAUCUCAGACCAGACAGCCAAACUCAAGAAAAAUGACGGUGCGCUGAUGAAGUUGUUCAACCGUAUUAAAGAACAGAAGGAGGAACAUGCCAGCCGCUCCGCCAUCGAGACGAGUCAGGUGGUGGGUGAGACGGUCAAGCCCGGGAUUCCCCUGCCUGCAGGUCAACUGGUCAAUGGUUUGUCCCCACUAUCGGAGUACUCGGCCCUAGAGACCUGCUCUCUGCCGUCCACAACUGUCCAAGGUCACAGUCCGGCCACAAGGAGUGAUGUUCCCCGACAAGUCCACAUCGAGGUCAGACCACUGCGGGAUCAAUCUCCAGACACUCAGACAGACACAGGUCCCCCAGCACAGACAGACAUUGAGAGAAGGGCCUGGCAAGACAAGAUCAUCAAGUUGGAAGAAAAACAGAUGGAGCUGGAUGGGUUGAUCAGCAAGUUCAAACAGAUCUCAGGGAUUAAUGAGAACACUGAGGUCCCCCCAGGGCUACAGCCAUCAAGUAUCCCCCCCACACAAGUCCAGUUUCAUGCUGGACAACCAAUGUCUCAAUAUAGGCUAGUCAACACGACCACAAACCAGGUCACUUCUGGCGCACAACAUCUCCCAGAUCCUGGUCGGAGAGAUCACAGAGCUGAGACCUUGGCGUCAGAUAGGUUCGGAUCUGUAGGCCAUGCCGUCUCCAGUGGUAUUUUCCAUGCUGUGCCUGUUCAGGUUGACGGAAAGAGAGAGGGUGGAGGAGAGAGUGGAUACUACUCCGGUUUUCCUGGUACUACGUUCCGGGGGUAUCAAGAAUUGAGGUCUGGUGGUGCUGCUGGCAUGACUCAGGGGUCAAGUAUUAGUGCCCGAGACAUGGCCUCUCACUCCCUCGGUCUGGCUCAGCAGGCAGACCAUGUGAGGAAAGUGAGAGAAUAUCAACAAAAGAUCAUUGCAUCCAGUCAGAGAGACCUGUCCCUGUCGCAGUCUGGUCUCCGGUCAGGGUUCUCCUCCACUCUUGGCACCAGCACAAAUUCGGAUUUGGAUAGCAAGGUGAAGGAAUACCAGAAGAAAAUUCUCAUGGGGAAUGCUGAGAGAAGGAACUUUCUGGAGGAAACCAGAGCUAAUAUUGAAAGGCAACGAGAGGAGCUAUACAAAAAGUAUCCAUUGACAAUGGGAAGGACUGACACUUUGAAAGGGUCAUCUACUCUUGCAUCAAGUUCAGUGGAAACCAGGCCUCAUGAUGGAGGCUCCCAUGACUCUCUUGCCGACAGAAUUUUAGCUGAUAUUCGUGAUCCCUUUCGACCAAGAAGUCUUGACAUAGGCGACAUUCUUGUACGUGAUAUGUCGAGACAUGAUUUCAUUGAUAAUAGCAGGCACUUGUCAACAUCCCAAACGUCGGCGAAUACGUCAAAAUCAAAACUUGAGAGGGUGAAGAAGUCCUUGUUAUUUGAGGAUCCGGAUGAAUCUCUGACCAGAACUCCAGGGAGGGACAUAUCGCUUCUAGCACCAUCUGACCUUGAUGAAGGGGACAUGACUCUAACGUCUUCUUCCGAACGUGGAAGUCCAAACCUCAGCAAGUCUGUGAGGUCGGAUGGAUCAACAGAAGGCAUGUCCUUGAUAUCAAGAGCCAGGGAAACCGGGAACGUGUUCGACAGGCGCCAACAGGAGCUGAAGAAACAGCUGGAAGAAGUGCAGAGACAGAAACAGGAGAUUCUGGAGAGAUACCAGCUUGGGCAACAGAGGAUACAGGAUUCCAAGACAAACCUGAAGUCUAAGCUUGACACUUCUGGCUAUUCCCAGGAUAUGUCAAGAACAUGGAAGUCAUCUUUUAGCGGCCCUGACUCAUCCUAUGCCUCCUUGCCAACGGAUGGAAACAUCCGUCCUGCUCCAAGAGCAGCCUUUGUUGAUUCCCAAAGAGACUCAGCACCAUCAAUCCUGAAUGGUUCAGCAUCCACAGACAAAGUCCUUCCAUCAGCUUCAAAGGAAUUUUCAAUUUCCUCUGAUUUUCCAAAAUCAUUUGAAUAUUUCAAUCUCAUGGACUCUACACCUAGUGCAGGCGCAUCUCUUGGAGCAAAGUUAGACAGCCUUUCUUCACCGACAGAGAAGCCAUUGACAGAGUCUAGGCUGUUUUCAAUGGAACUGGAAGAGGAAUCUUUGGUGUCUGGAAGUAGAUCUUCUCCUGUGGCAGUACCAGACCGAUUAUUUGAUGCAGGAUCCUUGACCCUUGAAGAGGAGUCCUUAUCCCCAGAGAGUAAGGUCAGCAUGACGGGAUCGGAAUCUACCAAUGACAAGAUUACAUGGUCCAAUCUGCUGACAGGGGUCCCUGAUGUGUCCCCUGAUGAGAAUGAUGGGGUGAAGGGUGCUGAGGUAGCCACAGACUACAUCGGACAUGAGCUGAGCACUAUCUUCGAGGUGGACACUCCAACAACCCAAGGAACCAGGCAGUCUGGACAGUUUGUGACGUUGAGCUCAACGAGGUCGUAGAGCUUGGACAAGCCUUAACACAAACCGGGCAGCCUCCGGAGGUAGACAUCUAACAUAUGUAGGAAAAGGGCAGUCUGGACAGUUUGUGACGUUGAGCUCAGCGAGGUCGUAGAGCUUCACAAGUCAUGGGCAACCCUUGAGAUAAGCUGAGCACUAUCUGGAGGUGGACAUCUAACAUAUGUAGGAAAAGGGCAGUCUGGACAGUUUGAAACAAAAUUUGCUGACUGAAGAAUUGUUAUAAAACAUAUGUAUCAGUUUAAGAAAUUUGGUAUUUUGGCAACAUGUGAGCCCCAUGGCUGAUAUAUAUAUUGCAUGCUUCAACAUUUGUAUCAAUAGGCAACUGGAGUACAGUUUUCAAAGAGCUGCAGUCUCAUUUAAUUUAUGAAAAAUAUCAAAAGGAUAACCUUUUCUGUUACCUGAAGGUUUUCAUUUCCUAAUGAGAGUUUGCAGUAUGUAUUGGAUGGUUAUCUUCGAAGCUCAAGUUUCAGCUGCCUCCUCAGAUGAGAACUAGCUAGAUUGGAUCUGAUGGGAAACAAAUAUUUAUUAUCCCCCGCCCAACAAAGUUGGCGGGGAUAUAGAAACAGGCUCCGUCGGUCCGUUUCGUUUCCGGAGCAUAACUCAUAAACCGUUCAAUAUUAUUUCAUCAAACUUUGCAGGCCUGUCAGGUACAUGCUGAACUGGUGCCUUUUGCUAUUAAGAAAUUUUAGAAAUCUUUAUUUUUU